AUAUUUGAUACAAUAAAAAUCAUUUCUGUCUUUCUCUGUUUACGUUAAAUAAGCCAAUCAUGAAAGACCUUUAAAGAGUAAUACGGUGGUUUAGCGUAGAGUCCUGCAAAUGGAGGGGCCAAUAAACUCAAGUUCUCGAGAAACGCUUUUGUUCGAUACAAUUUUCUACAUCUAGCAAAGCUUUUCGUCUAUUUAAAAGAUUAAUUGUAUUAAAACAUUGACAGAAUGCAGGGUACAAUAAUAGAAAACUUAAGCGGCAAGAAACUUUCGGUAUUAGUAAUUAUGCUUAUUAUUGCACAAAUUGUGUGCUUUUUAAUAGGCGGCUUCAUAGCACCUACACCUGCUACAAGCCAAAAUAUAUUAGGUACACCUUGUGAAGAUAUAAGAAUUAAUGGAACUGAACCAGGUGCAGGAAAAUGGUUUUAUUCAAGAGGCAAAGGCUCUUGUACUUAUGUGGAUAUAAAUCAUUUUAGUUUAGACAGCCAUCAUCAAGCACAUCAGGUGGUCUAUACAUUUUUGAUGCCUGGUCCGCGUGGUAACUUGCAAUUGGAUUAUUCUAGAUGGCAACAAAAUCUUAUAGGAGUCUUGCAGGUGGAUAUUGUAUAUCAUAGUCAAAUUCAAAUUGCACCUAGAAAUAAAAUAACUCUAGAUGCAAGGCUUGCUUAUAGAAAUAAAGAAGAUCCGGAAGAUGCAUGGAAACCGUAUGCUUCUUCUAUAAUAGAAAGAAUCUUGGAUUGUAGCAUUGAUGAUGCCAUGGAACAAUAUAACUAUAAUUGCAGUGUUGUACCUUUGUUUGAAUUGGGAUCAUUAUUCCAUGAUUAUUAUUUAUUAAAUAUUCGUAUUCCUGCUGAUACUGAUAGAAACAUUAAUCAAGGUUUAGGGCACAUAACAGAUUUAUGGCUUACUGCUAUUAAUCAAAAUGGUGGAUUUACGAAAGUAUGGGUAAGUCUUAAAACUGUUUUCUUCCCGAUUGUGAUCUGUUUUUUGAUAUGGUACUGGAGAAGAGUUCACAUGUUAUCAAGAUUACCUGCACUUUUGGAAUAUAUGCUCUUGGCCUUAGGAAUGGCUUUAACAUUUUUAAAUUUACCCAUGGAAUAUUUAACUCUCGCAUACGAUAUGCCAUUUAUGCUUCUGUUGGGUGAUAUCAGACAAGGAAUAUUUUAUGCAACGCUUUUAUCUUUCUGGCUUGUUUUUGCAGGAGAACAUCUUAUGGUUCAGGAGGGCGAUCAAAGGAAUUCCUUAAAAUGUUAUUGGCGUCAUCUUUCUGCAGUGGGUAUAGGAUGCUUAUCUUUAUUCAUCUUCGAUAUGUGUGAACGUGGAGUACAGUUAAGAAAUCCAUUUUAUUCAAUAUGGGUAACAGAUGUCGGUACUAAAAUGGCAUUAUCUUUUAUCAUUUUGGCUGGAAUAUCGGCAGGUGUAUAUUUAAUAUUUUUAACUUAUAUGAUAUGGAAAGUAUUUAUGAAUAUAAGUGUGAAAAGAGCUACCUUACCUAGUAUGAGUUCAGCACGUCGUUUACAUUACGAAGGUGUGAUAUAUCGUUUCAAGUUUUUGAUGAUUGCCACAUUAUUAUGCGCUUCAUUAACAGUUAUCGGAUUUAUUCUUGGCCAGGUCGCAGAAGGACAAUGGAAGUGGGACGAGGAAAUAGAAUUACAAAUGACAUCUGCAUUUUUCACUGGAGUUUAUGGGAUGUGGAACAUUUAUACUUUAGCAUUAUUAUGUCUAUAUGCACCAUCUCAUAAACAAUGGCCGAUUGAACCAUCAGGUCUGAACUGUAAGGUGGAUGCACCAAAACUUUCCAACCAAGCUUCAAGAGUUUCUGGCGAGUCACUAUAGACGUGUGUGGCCUGGCGUUGUCCUAAGGAAUACAACACCUCUCCUGUUGGCCAAUUUUGGACGUUUCUAGUCAAUUGCUAACUUCAAACGGUCCAGUUGUUGACAGUAGAGAUCCAAAUUUUUACGGAUCUCAUUUUUUUCAUUUUUUUUUUGCACGUUAUUAGCUGUUACACUAUCGAGACCAUAAACACCAUUCACAAUUUCAGCCGCCUAGCUUGCAUUUUCGCCUUUAUCAAAGAAAAACUAAAAUGUACCGAAUUUUCUCUUCGUUAACUUCCUUUUUUAACAUCUUGUAAUUCAUGAAUGACCAACAUUGAAUGGACCAAACAAAAAUCAGCAACAGAAUUUUUUUUAGUGUGAAAUGUCAUCUUUACAACGAGCAUAAAUCUGAAAUUGCUUGAUCUAUACUUUACAAGAUAUCGAUCACUAAAGCCAUCCAUCAACAAAAUAAUGGAUUUCUUUUUCCCCAAACUAAUAUUUUUAAAAAUUUGAUUUUGGUGCGACCAAUCUAGAUUUCUCUUACUUGCCAAAAUUUGACCAAUUACAGGCCACAUAAGACAUCUAUCUUCGCAUUGUACCUAAUAUUAUUUUGUUUAUCAACUUUCUAUACGUAGAUACGCAACUAAUUUAACGUCGCUAACGUAACGUAAUAUAACGUAAUCAACGAUGGAUCUUGCAUUAGUUAUUGAAAAAGGUGUUUAUUCGACGUUAUUAAAUUUUCAAGCGAUCGAUUUUUCACGCUAUGAAACAUAAUACUUCCUUUGAAAUUCGAUUAAUAUCAAAUAGAAAUAAAUUCUUCUCAAUUCGAAGAGAAAAAAAUAUAUCGGAACGUAUUUUUCUACCGUAUUGUACGGAAAUAGAUUCAUCUUCUAUUUUUGGUAAGUCAUUUAACGAUUAAUAUAUAGGUUAGACAUAGAUGAAACAUGCAUAAUGUUACACAUUAUUCAUUUUUGUUAGAAGUACGAAUUAAUAUUUAGUCAAACUGACAUUUAACUUUGGAAUGUUCGAUUUUUGGCAUAGAGAAUAUGACGUUUCUUCGUAUAUAAAAUAAAAAAAUAUCAUAUAAUGUAUAUAUAUAUAUAUAUGUAUAUAAGAGAAUAGAUAAGGUCGUUCUAGAAAUUUCGAGAACCUGCUAACGUAGGUUCUAAUGUAAUAAAAUGUUGAAUGCACGAGAAGUUUGAAAAGCCCGCUUCUGUUGGAACAAGAUGGUGGCUCAAACGGUAGAGCGCUUUCUGGCGUGAAUGAGUCGAAGCUCGUAUGGGUCGCUGUAGUGGCAGAAAGAGAGAAGGAGAGAGAGAGUGAAAGAGUUGAUGAGUGGAGUGGUGGUGGUAAGGAGAGUCCAGCACGUCGAGGAGAGAGAGCAGUAUCACAGAUGCAGUGAAGUCGUCCGUGGGUUGACAGGUUGUGCGUGGUGGGUGUGAAGGAGUGCGAGAGAAAGAGAGAGAGAGUAGAGUAGUGCGAGGGGGGGUAGAGAAGAGAAGAGAAGAGAGCUAGCCGAUGGUAGCAAGAGAAAGAAAGAAACAGAAGAAAGGGACAUUGUUUUGUUGUGCGUCGAAGAGACGCACUUGAGAUCGUGCAUUGCUCGUGGUUAUUCGUAGCGAACGACCGACAACGAAAUGAUUCUUUGAAGUUUACAGAGGAGUCCUCUCUUGAUUGGCUUAUAGGAGUGUGUGAGAACAAAGGGUGGAGGAUAUACGACGACACGUCAAGUAAUUUCGGUCUAUCGGUCGAUCGGUCGUACUGUUGGUUGUACUAUCGGUUGGGUCGGAGGGGUGAGAGAAAGAGAGAUAGAGAGAGAGAGAGGAGUAGAGUUGAGUGGUGAGGAGAGGAGAGAGUGAGACGGAAGGACAGAGGAAGGGACGGACGGAUUGACGGACGGACGAUCUGACGUUAGUUCAGAUUCGGUUUGAGAUUCGGAGGAUGAGUCUAUUUUGUUCACUUUGUCGUUUACUUUAAAUCAUCCAACAGGGAUUCAUUUUUUCGUCUAAAAAAAAGAGAAAGAAAUUUGGUUGGCCGUUGACGACGAAGUCGUUGUCAGCAGUGUAUAUCGCGCGUCACUGUUUAUUUGAAAGUUUCUCUCUUUCUGGCAUUGGCACAUUGACGAUAAUCGAAACGAAAGUCAAAACAACUACGACGACGAAGACGAAGACGAAAACGAAAACGAAAACGAAGACGAAGACGUCGAACGGUGAUUAUUGGGUGCGCGUGUCUUUGUUUUUCUUUCUCGGUGCUCGAUAUUCAGGAGCUUUGUUGGUGCGACGGACAGAGUGCGUGUUACCGUGAAAAGGAGACGACGACGAGGAGAAGGAGGAGGGG